AUGGAGACUGAAAGUGAGAGUAGCACUUCAGGAGAUGACAGUGUCUUUUGGUUGGAUUCCGAAGUGAUAGCCCAGGUGUCUGACAGCGAAGAGGAAGGAAGGGAAGAAGACUUCAGGAAGAUGAAGUCUUCAAUACACUCAGAAGAAGAUGAUUUUGUUCCAGAACUGCAUAGAAACAUUCACCCUCGAGAGCGGCCUGAUUGGGAAGAAACACUUAGUGCAAUGGCAAGAGGAGCAGAUGUUCCGGAGAUUCCUGGGGACCUUACUCUUAAGACAUGUGGCAGUACAGCCAGUAUGAAGGUUAAACAUGUGAAAAAGUUACCCUUCACCAAAGGUCACUUUCCGAAGAUGGCUGAGUGUGCACAUUUCCAUUACGAGAACGUUGAGUUCGGCAGUAUACAGCUUUCACUUUCAGAAGAACAGAAUGAAAUAACAAAAAAUGGCUGUGAAUCUAAAGAGCUGGUCUACCUCGUACAGAUUGCUUGCCAGGGCAAAAGUUGGAUUGUUAAACGAAGUUAUGAAGAUUUUCGGGUACUUGAUAAACAUCUUCAUUUAUGCAUAUAUGACAGACGGUUCUCCCAGCUCUCAGAGCUUCCUCGUUCAGAUGCUUUGAAGGAUAGUCCAGAGUCAGUAACUCAGAUGCUUAUGGCUUACCUGGCACGUCUUUCAACUAUUGCUGGCAAUAAGAUCAAUUGUGGACCUGCCCUUACUUGGAUGGAGAUUGAUAAUAAGGGGAAUCACCUUCUAGUUCAUGAGGAAUCCUCUAUAAACACACCUGCUGUUGGUGCCGCCCAUGUUAUAAAGAGGUAUACUGCUCGGGCCCCUGAUGAACUAACCUUAGAGGUGGGAGACAUUGUUUCUGUUAUUGACAUGCCCCCUAAAGUAUUAAGCACAUGGUGGAGAGGCAAGCAUGGAUUUCAGGUGGGACUCUUCCCUGGACAUUGUGUGGAGUUAAUUAACCAAAAAGUUCCCCAGUCAGUGACGAACUCUGUGCCAAAACCAGUGUCUAAAAAGCACGGCAAGCUCAUUACUUUCUUACGAACAUUCAUGAAGUCUCGGCCAACAAAACAGAAACUGAAGCAGCGGGGGAUCUUGAAAGAGAGAGUGUUUGGGUGUGACCUGGGAGAACACCUUCUGAAUUCUGGUUUUGAAGUGCCCCAGGUUCUUCAAAGCUGUACAGCAUUCAUUGAGAGAUACGGCAUUGUGGAUGGAAUAUAUCGUCUCUCUGGCGUUGCCUCCAAUAUCCAGAGACUACGCCAUGAAUUUGAUUCUGAACAUGUUCCCGACCUGACAAAAGAACCUUAUGUUCAAGACAUCCAUUCUGUUGGCUCCCUUUGCAAGCUGUAUUUCCGAGAGCUCCCCAAUCCACUGCUUACCUAUCAACUAUAUGAGAAAUUUUCUGAUGCAGUUUCAGCAGCAACAGAUGAAGAAAGGCUGAUAAAAAUUCACGAUGUCAUCCAGCAACUCCCCCCUCCACACUACAGAACGCUGGAGUUCCUGAUGAGACACUUGUCUCUUCUAGCUGACUAUUGUUCCAUCACAAAUAUGCAUGCAAAAAACCUAGCAAUUGUUUGGGCUCCAAACCUGCUAAGAUCAAAGCAAAUAGAAUCUGCCUGCUUCAGUGGGACAGCGGCUUUCAUGGAAGUGAGAAUUCAGUCUGUAGUUGUGGAAUUUAUCCUUAAUCAUGUGGAAGUCCUCUUCAGUGGCAAAAUCAGUGCAGUCAUCCAGGAAGGAGCAGCUUCUUUAUCAAGGCCCAAGUCCUUGCUGGUUUCUUCUCCUUCCACCAAGCUGCUGACAUUGGAGGAAGCCCAGGCACGAACACAAGCUCAGGUCAACUCUCCAAUUAUGACUGAAAAUAAGUACAUUGAAGUAGGAGAAGGACCUGCUGCACUUCAGGGAAAAUUUCAUACUAUAAUUGAGUUUCCACUUGAAAGGAAGAGGCCUCAAAAUAAAAUUAAAAAAUCUCCCGUGGGCAGCUGGCGGUCCUUCUUCAAUUUGGGGAAAUCAUCAUCUGUUUCCAAACGAAAGCUCCAGCGAAAUGAGAGUGAGCCUUCUGAGAUGAAAGCCAUAGCUCUGAAAGGUGGCAGAGCGGAAGGAACCCUCCGCUCAGCUAAAAGUGAGGAGUCUCUUACUUCUCUCCAUGCAGUUGACGGUGAUUCCAAGCUCUUCCGACCCAGAAGACCCAGAUCUAGCAGUGAUGCACUGUCUGCUUCUUUUAAUGGAGAAAUGCUGGGGAACCGCUGUAAUUCCUAUGAUAACCUGCCCCAUGACAAUGAAAGUGAGGAGGAACUAGGGCUGCUCCACAUUCCAGCACUCAUGUCUCCCCAUUCAGCUGAGGAUGUUGACUUGAGCCCACCAGACAUUGGAGUAGCCAGCCUGGACUUUGAUCCAAUGUCAUUUCAAUGUAGUCCUCCCAAGGCCGAAUCAGAAUGUCUGGAGAGUGGUACUUCCUUUUUAGAUUCAUUAGGAUACUCCAAGGAUAAACCAAGUAACAAUAAGAAGGAUGCAGAGGGAGGUGGUAGCCAGUCUCAGACUCCAGGAAGUACUGCAAGCUCUGAACCUGUCUCUCCUCUUCAGGAGAAACUGAGUCCAUUCUUUACUUUGGACUUGAGCCCAAGUGAAGAUAAAUCUUCUAAAUUAUCCUCAUUCACUGAAAAGGUCGUCUAUGCUUUCUCUCCAAAGAUAGGACGGAAAUUAAGCAAAUCGCCUUCUAUGAACAUAUCUGAGCCCAUUUCAGUGACCCUCCCUGCUCGAGUGUCAGAAGUCAUUGGUGUAGUCUCAGAUACAGCAGGUCAGAAUGAAUCUUCUCCAACCCGGAAUAAAAACACAGAAGAAAGUGAUAUCACAAAUAGAUCCCCCACCCAGGUAGUAAAGAUGAAAACAAAUGAGCAAGAAGCCCAAGAAGGAUGUGAACCUGAAGUCCAGGCCCUGGACCAGGUGGCUGUGGAAGAGGUGGCCUUGCCAGGGAGAGAGGAGCAGGCCAUCCUGAGCAGUCAGAGUAAGGCUGUACCUGCUGGACAGGCACAGACAGGAGCAGUUACCCAUGACCCCCCUCAGGACUCCGUUCCUGUCAGUUCAGUCUCUCUUAUCCCACCACCACCGCCUCCGAAAAACGUUGCCCGCAUGUUGGCGCUAGCAUUAGCUGAGUCUGCACAGCAAGCCUCUACUCAGUCAUUGAAGAGACCAGGGAAUUCUCAGGCUGCUUAUGCAAAUUAUGGAGACAUAGCAGUGACUACUACUGAAGAUAAACUGCCCAGUUCCUAUUCUAGUGUUACUCUAGAUACGGCCUAUUACCAGAAUGAUAGGCCAGUAGAGCAGUUCCACCUCCAGAACAUUGCAUCUGGGAACUGUGGGCAGCCUGUGCCAGAUCCAACAAUUACUGGGAGUCACACCCAUUCCAAUACAACUGAAUCUGGGGAGCAGCUUCACCAGACAGACUCCCCAGGGAAUCAGCCACAUCAAACCUUUUUAUCUGGGGACCCAGAACAGGCCCGAAUUACUGUAAUUCCCCUAACAGACUCAGAAAAGGCUAAUGAUCAUAUAUAUUUCCCUGAAGACCAAUCCGAGAAGACCAGCAUGCCAACUGUCACCUUUGUGGACCAGAACCCUUCUCACCUCCAUUUCUACAGUGUAGUCCAGCCUCCUCCUCAUCUUGAUACACAGGUGGAGAGGCCCCACCAUGCUUCAGAACUUACAGACAAAUCUCCCAUUCCUUCUAAUUUGCCUAGGGACAAAAUCUACCCUCCUUCUGGGUCCCCUGAAGAAAAUACAAGCACAGCCACCCUGACUUAUAUGACAACUAUUCCACCAACAGCUGAAGUCAACACGAGAGAAGCCAAUUGGAAUGUGGUUGAGCAGCCCAUUGCCACCAGUUUUGCUGUUGCCACCCUUCAGCGAACUCACAGAACUAGUCGUCCCCUUCCCCCACUUCCUUCCCAGAGGUCUGCAGAGCAACUACUAACUGUGGGGCAGGUACAAGCAGCAACCAAUAUAGGAUUAAAUGAUUCCCACAAGGUUCCGGGAGUAGUUCCAGCUCCAGAGAAGCCACCUGAGCCUAGAACCAUUGAUGACCCUGCGUCUGUCUUUGUCAGUGAUGGUAGUGCCUCUGCUCAGUGUACCAUCUCUGCGACCGCUGUCCAUCCAGGCCUCCCUGAAAAAACCCGGGAAAACACCAGGGCCCCCCUACUCCACCUGCGGGCUGAGUCUGUUCCUGUGCACCCAUCCUGUGGUUUCACUGCUCCCGUCCCCCCAGCCAGGACCUUGGAGAGUAAGAUUGCUGCUGCCGUACAUGCCAACGGUACAGAUGCUUCCAGCAGUCCAAAUUAUCAUUCCUUUGUCACUGCUUCUUCAGCUCCUGUGGAUGAUGGUUUUCCGAUACAACUUCCUCUCCCACAACCUAAACAUGCUUCUCAGAAAACUGCUUAUUCCUCCUUUGCUAGGCCUGAUGUCACCACUGAGCCCUUUGGUCCAGAAAACUGUUUGCAUUUCAGCAUGACUCCAAACUGCCAGUACCGUCCCCAGAGUGUGCCCCCACAUCAUAAUAAAUUGGAGCAACAUCAAGUAUAUGGUUCUAGAUCAGAGCCACCUGCCUCCAUGGGACCUCGUUACAACACUUAUGUGGCCCCAGGAAGAAAUGUGUCUGUACACCACGCCAAGCCAUGCAACCGGGUUGAGUAUGUGUCUUCUUUGAGCUCUUCAGUUAGGAAUGCUUGUUACCCUGAAGAUAUUCCACCCUACCCUACCAUCCGGAGGGUACAGUCUCUCCAUGCCACCCCAUCUUCCAUGAUUCGUUCUGUUCCCAUUUCACGGACAGAAGUCCCUCCAGAUGAUGAACCAGCGUACUGCCCAAGACCCUUGUACCAAUAUAAGCCAUAUCAGUCUUCACAGGCCCGCUCAGAUUAUCAUGUAACUCAGCUUCAGCCUUACUUUGAGAAUGGUCGGGUCCACUACCGGUAUAGCCCAUACUCCAGUUCUAGUUCCUAUUACAGUCCAGAUGGGACCUUGUGUGAUGUGGAUGCCUAUGGCACAGUACAACUGAGGCCUCUUCACCGCCUACCCAAUCGUGAUUUUGCCUUCUAUAAUUCUAGGCUGCAAGGGAAGAACUUGUACAGUUUUCCUGGUUUGCCUCCACGUCCCCGGGCAAAUGUGAUUGGCUAUUUCUCUGGUAAUGACCAUAAUGUAGUCAGCAUGCCUCCAGCCACUGAUGUAAAGCAUACUUACACCUCAUGGGAUCUUGAGGACAUGGAAAAAUACCGCAUGCAGUCCAUCCGUAGAGAGAGCCGAGCUCGACAGAAGGUGAAAGGGCCUGUUAUGUCCCAGUACGAUAACAUGACCCCAGCUGUGCAAGAUGACUUGGGUGGGAUAUAUGUCAUCCACCUCCGCAGUAAAUCUGAUCCUGGGAAAACUGGACUUCUCUCAGUGGCAGAAGGAAAGGAUGGGCGGUAUCCAGCUAAGGCCAUGAGUCCUGAGGGAGAUGAGCGCUUCUACAGGAAGCAUCCAGAGCCAGAGUUAGAGAGAACCCACCACCUCGGAGGCUAUGGCAAUGGGCAGCCAGAGAAACCCUCCCUCCCACAGAAGCAAAGCAGCCUUAGAAACAGAAAGAUUCAUGACAUGGGUUGUAGUCUCCCCGAGCAUAGGGCACAUCAGGAAUCAAGCCAUAGGCAAAUGUGUGAAUCAAAAAAUGGGCCACCUUACCCCCAAGGAGCUAGCCAAUUAGAUUAUGGGUCCAAAGGAAUUCCAGAUGCUUCUGAGCCAGUCAGCUACCAUAACUCUGGAGGGAAAUACAUUACAUCGGGGCAGGAUUCUUUAAGACUGAACCAUAAAGAAGUAAGGAUCUCCAAAGAACUGGAGCGGACCUGGGCAAGGCAGCCUCCUCCCCCAGAGAAGCACUCUAGAGACUGCUACAAGGAAGAAGAGCACCUCACGCAGUCCGUGAUCCCACCCCCUAAACCAGAGAGGAGUCAUAGCCUGAAACUCCACCAUACCUCGAAUGUGGAGCGGGACCCUGGCACGCUGUACCAGUACCAGAUGCCCAGCAAGCGCCAGAGCAGCACAACUGUCAUGUCCCAGUACGACAAUCUAGAGGACUACCACUCCCUACCACAGCACCCACGUGGAGUGUUUGGAGGAGGAGGAGGGGGUAUGGGGACAUAUGCACCCUCUGGAUAUUCCCACCAACAGAACAGGACAUAUGCCACAGCUUUGGGUCAAGGGGCCUUCCUCCCCACAGAGCUGUCCCUGCAGCACCCUGAGACCCAGAUCCAUGUGGAAUGAGCCUGGAGCAAUAGAGUUGAAGCAGCCUCUGCUGGGCAGUGGACUGCUCUAUUUUUUUUCAAUAACCAAAAAGAUUAAGGAAAAAAAAAAAAAAACCUACGAACUCCCAGCCACAUUAAAUAAAUAAAUAAAUAAAUAAAUAAAUCACCAUCUCCCUCUUCCCUGCCCCACUUCAUUACCACCUCUUCCACCUAUAGACUGUGUCAUUUUGUCAUUUAAAAAAUCUGAAUGAUUGUAAAGCACUGUGUUGAAAAUCUAGUAAAGAUAUUUGUCACAGACCACACUUGCCAUAUAGGGCUAAUUUGCAAGAGCCUGAGGACUGCCUUUAACUGAAUUUGAAUUUAGCCUUGUUGUUUCUUCUUAGUCAUCAUAUAGUUCAGAGCAGUUUACAUCUAUUUCCUGGUAAGCUUUUGCAUUUACUGUUGCGUUCCUAUUGCUUCAGUAGCCAUAUAACUUUCCCAGAUAGACACUCCAUUUUUCUCACUUCAUUAUCCCUUGUCUUCUAAGGGUCUGGUGUGUUAAAUUAGAGUGGAGACAGACUUUUCCCUGACCUUUCGUAUAUACCAAUUGGACAUUUAGCAACAUUAUAAUUAAAAAUAAAAGAAUUAAGACCUAAAAUUAAGCAGUUAAUAAGGAAAGUGGUUUUCAGUAUUCCUUAAUAUGCCAGACCAUUUACACUCAGGCUGAAAAAUGCUCUUCAUAUUCACACUUGUUCCUUCCAGGUCAAUAUACAGGCUCAUAUCACUGCAGACAGGAUUGUUUAAAACUUAAGAAAACUUCUUAGGUGGAAGAAAGUGAAGUUCUUAUUGUCAGUGAACUUUGGUAGCAGUAAAUACUAGGCACCUUUAAUGUGUUUCCAGCUGUUAAGGUUGUUUUGUUGGUAUGUUUUUCUCCCUCUAAUAUUUGGUAAAUUGAAACCCUACAAAACAUAGUAUACCAUUUGUUGUCCUAAA